AUGUUUUCCAAUUUACUGGAUAGAAUGGGCGCAUCGUCUCGCUCUUCUAGUAAGCACGAAAUAACGCGUGCCCCUUCAUCGGAAUCAAUCGAUACUUCAAUCACUGUCGACGACACCUCAAACUUAAAUUCCUCUACAUCUACACCUCCAACAAGCAUUGGAGACAAUGUUAGUGUCACUUCUGCCACCGGCAAGCCCGAGCCCAUUGUCGACGAGGCAUCAAUUGCACCCGAACACACAGACAGACGAAGUCAGCGAGCACGCGCAAAGGUCGGAACUUACAAUGCUAAGAUUCUUGCCGGCACAGCCGUACACACCCCCAAGAAAUUUUUAAAGGACAAAAGCGCUCCAGAUAAUGAAGCACGGCGAAAAACUAUAUCAGGCGGCGAAUUGGCUGAUGCAUUGGGUCCGGUAAGUGCGUCUGCAGGCACUGUAGGAAAGAAUGCACAAAAAUUGGUCAGUGAGGGAAUUGAUGCUCUGGACUUGUCUUGGUCAGUCAAGAAAUUGCCUAAGUCAGCCAGCAAAAUCAAUCACAAAAGCCCUAAAAGUACUGCUGCUAAGAAGGAGGAUCUUUCUCGAAGAAAGUCUUUACGAUCAACACCUGGCGAGAAGGCGGAUGGGCCCACGAAGAAGAUUAGCUUACUAGGAAAGAGGGAUCGAAAGGAAAUGGAAGGAGGUCUUCAGAAGGCAAAGCGGGAGCUCAGAAACCUCGCAGACACGAAGGAGUUUGCAAAAAUCGAAACAGAGCCCGUCGUGUUGGAAGUCUGGAGUAACGGAAAGCUGGUGAAAAAGGAGUCGGCAAGGAAGAAGAAGAAGGCAGAGGAGGCCCAAUCUCAAGUCUCCGAGCCGGAGCCUACCAAGACCCCAGCAAAGAAAGUAGCGCAAGGUAGAAAAGAGAAAGCUUGGUUGACGAAGGGACUCUACGCGGGACAGGAUCCGGCCAAUCUUGACUGGUUCAAAUCUUCUGGAAAUACAAAGUCGGCUUUUAAGUGGACUGGGAAGCCAAACAAAGCCCUGCCCUUACCCUUGUGGAAUGGCCAAAGAUUACUACACGUUGGAAGAGAUUUUAAACUGCCUUUUGACAUUUGUGCUCCACUCCCACCAGGACAGCCUAAACCUACCGAGUGGUACAAGACUUCUCAUAAUCGAUUCAUUGGAGAAGCUGGUUCAAUGUGGAAGAAGUCAAGCUUGUUUGAUAGUUUCUUCUCCAAGUGUAUCUGUAAACCCGAUGCAGGGUGUGACGAAGAUUGUCAGAAUAGAAUCAUGCUUUACGAGUGCGAUGAUACCAAUUGUGGCGCAGGACGAGACAGUUGCACCAACCGUGCAUUCGCUGAACUCUUUAACCGUCGCAAAGGCAACUCGUUCCGAAAAGGUGGCAACAAGUAUGAGAUUGGCGUUGAAGUUAUCAAAACAGCUGAUCGUGGCUACGGAGUUCGAAGUAAUCGCUGCUUCAACGCAAACCAAAUUAUCGUUGAGUAUACAGGGGAGAUCAUCACUGAAGACGAAUGUGACAGACGUAUGAAUGAGGACUAUAAAGAUAAUGAUUGUUAUUACCUAAUGUCAUUUGAUCAGAACAUGAUCAUUGAUGCGACCAGGGGUAGCAUUGCUAGAUUUGUUAACCAUUCCUGCAGACCAAACUGCAGAAUGGUGAAGUGGAUUGUGGAGGGCAAGCCGCGAAUGGCUCUGUUCGCUGGCGAUAAUCCCAUUAUGACUGGUGAUGAGCUCACCUAUGACUACAAUUUCGAUCCAUUUUCGGCCAAAAAUGUUCAAGCGUGUCGCUGUGGCAGUGACAAUUGUCGCGGUGUAUUGGGACCUCGACCAAAGGACCAAAAAGUCAUCAAGGCCACCACCAUUAAAGACGUUGUUAAAGCUGGUCUUAAGGCCGGCAAGCGAAAGCUUCAACAGAUGAUUGGUGAUGACGAAGACGACGAAGACGUACAGGUUCAAAAGAAGCGAAAGACGAAGACGGCCACAGGAGUCAAAUCAUCCAUAUCUAAAGCUACCACAAAUGUUGCAAAAACAGUCAAGAAAACAGUCUCUUCACAACUUUCGAACGCUCGCCAUGUAGUUGGCUCUAGCAAGAAAACAAUCAACGUUAGCCAAGCCACAGCCGGCUCACUCAAAACAUAUGGAAAGAAGCAGAUGAAGCUCUCUUCAAGCAGCACAAAUUUAACUAUCGUUUCGCCAGAGAAAAGUCUCAAGGGCAAAGAAACGAGGAGAGAAAGUAUGACGAAAAGUAUAGCACCAAGUAGGCGUUCUACUAGACGAUCCAGCGAGUUUGAUGAUGCCAAUGAGAGUACGAUUCGAGUUGUCACUAACUUUGAAGAGGAAGAAGAAGAAGAUUAA